UUGAAUAUGCUUUAGCUGUACUUGGAUAGAAUGCUUAAAAGAUCCCUUUUUGUUGUAAGAUCAUAGAAUUCAUUAACAGAACAAGAUAUGGUUGAUGCUAUUGUUUCGUUUGUGAUUGAAAGGCUUGGAGACUUGGUACUUUCUGAAGCUGAAUUCUUGCAUGGAGUUGAAGGCCGAGUCGAAAAUGCACAGAUCAAGCUUCAAUGUAUGAGCGCAUUCUUAAAUGACGCAGAUGCUUGUGUAAGAAAUGGUGACGAGAGAGUUCGCCUUUUGGUUGCUCAAGUUAGAGAAAAUUCUUGUGCCUUGGAGGAUGUUAUUGAAACUUAUGUCUUCAAAGUGGCUCUGAAUGAGAGUGCUGGAGGUAUAAGACGUGUACUGAAAAGAUUUAUUUGCAUCUUCAGAGAGGGAAUUGAUGUCCAUGAAGUUGGAUCAGAGAUUGAGAGGAUCUCAUCCAACAUUGAUACUUGGACAUCAGAUUUAGAAAAAUAUGGAGUGCAGAAAUCAAUGGACAAGGCAGCUGAAGCUUCUUCAAGCUAUGUCCAGGAGCGAAGACAGUUGAGGCAAGCUUAUUCUUAUGUUGAAGACAAUCAUGUUGUUGGAUUCGACAAAGACAUCAAAGAUUUGGUAGCCCUUUUGACUGAACAAAAGGACCCUCGUAAGCAUAAGGUGAUCUCUGUGUAUGGGAUGGGUGGUUUGGGGAAGACCACUCUUGCAAGAAAGGUAUAUCAACACCCCCAAGUCAGGACUCACUUUGAUUGUUGUGCUUGGGCCUCAAUAUCUCAGCAAUGUAACACACGUGCUGUCUUGGAAGGAAUUUUAUUUGCUUUCACUUCUCCCACAGAUGCACAAAGAAAUCAUAUCAAAAGCUUAAGUGAUGUUGAAUUAGCCAAGCAGCUUCACAACUUUCAGAAACAGAAGAAAUGUCUGGUGCUCCUUGAUGAUAUAUGGACCACUACAACUUGGGAUCUUCUAAAACAUGCAUUCCCUCAAGGAGACACAGAUAGCAAGAUCUUACUCACCACUCGGAAUAAGGAUGUAGCUUUGCAUGUGGAUCAACAUGGUUUCAUCCAUGAACCUCAUUUGCUCAGUGACAAUGAGAGUUGGGAGUUGUUUCAGAACAAGUACUUCUGUUUUGGAAUUGAUCCAUCAAAUUCAGACUCAGAUGAUAAUGAAAGGAAGAAAGAACUAGCCAUAGAGAUGCUUAAAAAGUGUGCUGGUUUGCCAUUAGCCAUCAUUGUGCUCGCUGGGCUUCUGUAUAAGAAACACACCAUACAUGAGUGGGAGCAGAUGAAAAGAAACAUAGUCCGCUGCAUAAGUCAAGGUGAACAACAUGAAGACUCAAAAUACCGUAGUGUUUGGUGGGUGUUAGGUUUGAGUUACAGUGAGUUACCAUGUCACUUGAAGCCUUGUUUUUUGUACUUGUCUCGCUACGCUGAAGAUGCUGUGAUAAGAGUAAAAGAGUUAUGCCUUAUACUCAUAGCAGAAGGUUUUAUAUCAUUAAGAGGAAGUUGUAUGGAAACCAUGGAAGAUUUGGCAUAUGAUUGCUUAAGUGAGUUGGUGGAGAGAAGCAUGAUUCAGGUAAAAGAAACAAGUUUAACAGGAAGGAUAAAAUCAUUUUGCAUUCAUGAUCUCAUGCGAGACUUGUGCGUGUCUAAAGCUCGAGAUGAAAACUUUCUACAUUUAAUGGAUUUGAGGAAUAAAGUGGAAGAGCCAAUUGAAUCAGUGUCUACUGUCCCGGCAACAAAUGUAAGAAGAGUUGUCAUUUAUUAUGAUAAUGCAAGUGUUGAUAAUGAUUUUGUUCAUAUGGUUCGAAAUAUAGAUGGCUCUCUUAGGUACCUUUCUGUACAUGAGCGACGCAUUGCGUUUGAAGAAGGAGUAUUCAGACAUGUCUGCAAUCGCUUUCUGAUGCUUAGAGUUCUGAUCAUUGAUGACAUGCCGGAUUUGCCUAAUAAAAAGGAUUCCUUCUUAUUUUGGGAAUUGGAGAUGCCUGCAAACUUUGAGAGUGCUUACCAAAUAUGA